AGAAACCGAGUUCAGGAAUAGACAUACAUCUGCUGUAGCGUUUGUCGUGUUUCCGCAGUUCACAAAACCGGAGUAUCAAUCAGUACAGGUCUGUUUGUCCAUCUGUUGGUCGGAUUGGCGUAUUUCGAGCGGAUCGGCGGAGUUGCUGUUGACAAGUUUAAGGGAAGGCCCACCAUCAGGUCACGUUUCGCUGGACGGAGGAAAAGUCGUCAAGGAAUAACGUGUGUGAAUAAUACUUGAAGAAUCUUAUAUCCAGUGAAUGUGUGUGCGGUCGUUCUCUCCGACACGGUCACAACAGUCGUAGUUUGGGAGUUUCGCUUUCAAGUCUCGUGGUUGUAGUUUUUUUUGUGUCUUCACCCAAGUGGGUUGGUUGGGAAGUUUGUUGCAUGUGGAAAAAUAAGGGAGCCAAUAAGGCGAGUUUAAAAUCGUGGAAAAAGUGUGACUAGAAUAUUGGAAAAUUAUUGAUCGAAAAAAGGCCGUCUUGCGGGUGGUGUAUGUGUUACUAAGAGGGGGCUAAGCAUAACAGCCUAGUGGAGACGAAUUUGUUUCGCGGAUUUAAGCAACAGCAAAAAGUGGGGUGAUUUCGUUCUCUCCGAAGUGGAAGAAGCACGCUUGUGUGUCUCUCCCCUGCCCUCUAGUGGAUACGCUAUAUUUAAUUGUGUGCAUCGAGUUCGGCUGAGCUGUUUUGAGGCAAUCGAAGAGCGAAGGUUGUGUAAUUUUUUUCCCCGAUACCAGACAACCAAAAAGUUUAGUGGUGCUAUUGACAACAGUUUACACCUCCUACUUGGGUUGUGCACAGUUAAUCCUCGCACCGAGAAGUAAAUAAUCGAAGAUGCCCCAAUCGGACGGGGGUUAUGUGUCGCUUAUGGGUGGUGGCCCGCAGUCGGUCUACAACUCGACGACGGAACCGCAGUCCGCUUCCAAGUCGGUCAUGGAAACGGUCAAGCGCGUCAUCGGUACGGCCAUCGGUGCCCAGGACAAGCACUCACUGCUGGAGCGGGACUCCACCGGCAUGCAGCCGUACAUCAUUAGCAGCAGGGACCGCGACAAGACCGGCAAAGCGGCCAACGUCAGAAUGCCAUCCGCUCCAGCUCACACUGCCGAGGAAGCCCGCCUGUUGGGAGCCAUGCCCGUGGACCCAAUGGACGACAUCGAGCUUCGCUCCGUUCAGCUGCAGUACCCCAACCAGCGGGGUUCGAUCGUAGGCCAAUGCGACCUGCGGCGCGUCCCCACGGACAAGGGCGACAUUCUGGUCGCGGUUCAAGGCGAUACAACGAAACCAGGCAUCGUUACCUACCACGAUCUGGGUCUAAACUAUGCAUCGAGUUUUGCAGGAUUCUUCAACUUCCCAUCAAUGCGUGCCCUGUUAGAUAACUUCUGUGUCUACCAUGUAAACGCUCCCGGACAGGAGGAAGGAGCACCCACCUUCCCGGAAGACUACGUGUACCCAACGUUCGAUGAGCUUGCAUCGCAGUUGCUGUUUGUGAUGUCACACUUCAACCUGAAGUCGAUCAUCGGACUGGGCGUCGGUGCCGGUGCCAACAUCCUGGCCCGGUUUGCUCUGGCACACCCGGACAAGGUCGGUGCCCUCUGCCUAAUCAACUGCAGUUCCACAGCGGCCGGUUGGAUCGAAUGGGGCUACCAAUUGCUGAACUCACGCAAUCUUCGCACCAAGGGCAUGACCCAGAGCGUGAUGGACUAUCUGAUGUGGCACCACUUUGGGCGGAAUCCGGAGGAGCGAAAUCUGGACCUGGUGCAGCUGUACAAAUCCAACUUUGAACGUUCGAUAAAUCCCGUCAAUCUUGCCAUGUUCAUCGACUCGUACAUCAAGCGUACCGAUCUGAACAUUGCCCGGACACCGUCGGGUACACCACAGACAGCUGCAUCACUGAAAAUGCCAGUUCUGAACAUUACAGGAGCAUUAUCGCCACACAUCGAUGACACGGUGACAUUUAAUGGAAGACUAGCUCCGGAGAAGACCAACUGGAUGAAGAUCUCCGAUUGCGGACUCGUAUUGGAGGAACAACCUGGCAAACUGGCCGAGGCAUUCCGAUUGUUCCUGCAGGGCGAAGGCUAUGUUUCGAGGAAGCUGCCGGCUGCCGAAAAGAUCCAAUAGGGUCACGAACAAAAUCAUCAUCGGAAAUUUUCAUCAUACGUUGCAAUAUUUAAAUUAAUUUAAUCACUUUACGAUGUAAGAUUGAAGGAGCUGAUCGCCUUCCAAUGAAAUCACAUGAGUAUCGUUUUCUUUUUCCUUGUGUUAAGUCAUACCGUGUCAGAUGAACCAAAUCGUUACUUUAGCUUUAGUUUCUAUUUUAUGUUAAGUUUGCCUUUAAGAAAAGUCACAUUGUGUUAAAAUGGUUCACUUUAGUUAAGAGAUGUUAGACCGAUUCAGGCUUGCUUCAGUCACUUGUCCCGUUUUGUUUAGGUAUGUUUUGUUUUUGAUUGUGUGAAAUUUUGAGAAAAAUGUGAAAGUAUAAUAAAUAUAAGCAUAAACACAAAAAAAAAACCUAGCGCUU